AUGUCAAGCAGCCGCGGCGUGCGGGUGACUCCAACGCCGACCCGGCGCCCACCAGCCCCACACAAUCCGCGAAAAAAAGCGCGCAGCAACCCCCCACCGGCCCUGCAUCCUCGCCUAACGACGCGGGCGACCUCUUCCGAAGCGUUUUUGUCAAGGACGAGGCCCCUCCCAGCGACGCCCGGGCGGGCCCGCUGCGGCAAGGAAAGCGGCCGCUUCUCCGCCACGCGCUGCAUGCGAACCCCGAGGAGGACGCGCGCACCAUCUUCGUCGGCAACCUACCGAACACGAUCACGAAACGGGAGGUGGAGCGGUUCUUUAAGGACUGUGGCGCGAUCGCCUCAGUCCGUGUGCGCAGCCAGGCGCUCGAGGCGGGGGACGAGAAGUCCGCAAAGGUCGGCCGCGGGAUUCGCGUCCUGCGCGGCGAGCUCCGCCAGGACGACCGGUGCCGCGCGACGGCCUACGUGCUCUUCCGCGACGCCGUGA